AUGGCACCGCAGUCGUGCGUCAUGAAUCUUGCGCAGGGAUCACCGCCCUUGGCUGCUCCUGGAGAGACGUCCCCGGCGGAGAGAAGCGCUUGCGGGGUGGAAACGGACGAGCUGGACCUGUCACCUGUUCGAAGAUGUAAAACGAGACGUUUGGAGCUGCCUUUCAGCGUGGAAUCCAUUAUAUCUGACAGGAACCUCCAUUCCCUCGAGCCCGGCUCAAGCUGCGUCCGUGCGGGGGAGACCGACUGUGCGUCACCGAGAGGAGUUUAUCGGUCCAAAGUGGAGGCGGUGGACCUCAGCGACAAGGAGGCGAGUAACUGCGCACCCAUGGGCGCACCGGCCCUGUACGGGGCCCUGAGCGGGCCGCGGCCUGUGUUACCUGUUCCAGGCCUCUUUAGUGGACCUUAUGGGAUGUACUACUUGUCUUAA